GGUUUUCAUGAGUAACUGUCUCACCAAUGAGCGUUCCUACUGUUUGCAACGAAGGGAUGAGAGUCUGUCGAGGCCCAAUCAGCGGGUCAGUGCUGCCUGCCGGUGCCGGGGACUGGUGGUGAGAAUCCGCUGCAGCGCGUCAGGGGGACCGGACCGUGAACCCGGAGACGGUACACACCGAGGCGAAACGACACACAGGAUGGAGCGGAUGUCUGAUGAUACACUGAGGCUCAACCUGUUAAAGCGAGGUCUGGAGUCAUCCAGUGAGAGGGAGGAGGCUCUGUCAAAGCGCCUAAAAAUGGAAGGUCACGAGGCCAUGGAGCGCCUGAAGAUGCUUGCCCUUCUCAAACGCAAGGACUUAGCUGAUCUGGCUGUCCUAGAGGUCCCAGGGACGCUUGGAGAUGGAAAAGGCCCCAGUGUCAGCUCCAUCCACCACCAGAGUCUAAUGGGUGCGGCAUAUGAAGAAAAGCUGAAUGGAAGUUUAAGGCUUGGCAGCCACAGUGUUCAUGUCGGUCAAAGUAAGAAUGGAAAGGAAAACAUUAUGGAUGAGCCAGUGGACAUGAGUGCUGGAAGAAGAUGUGAGGUUGAUCGUGACAGACAAACUCCUUCUCCAGAUGUCAUCAUACUUUCAGACAAUGAGGCGUCGAGUCCCAGGACAACACCUCGACCUGAAGAGCGCAUGCACCAGGCUAACCUGGAGAUUUUUAAGGGAAAAACAGGAGAGGAGCGACAGCAGAUGAUCAAAGCUCUGAGGGAAGAGCUGCGCCUGGAAGAAGCCCGUCUCGUCUUGCUCAAGAAGCUUAGACAAAGCCAGAUGCAGAAGGAGAACGUUGUGCAAAAGGUCCCAGCGGUCCAGAGCUCUGCGUCUUCUAUUCAGCCUCCUCCCAUUCACAGCUCUUCAGGUAUCGGAAAGUUGCCUGUGAGGCCAGGCUUGCACAACACUGAGCCUCAAAAUCUCCGAACUGCACAGGGUCAUACAGUUAUUCGUUCAGCCAAUACCAGCCUGCCUCCAAUGCUUAUGUCCCAACGAGUGAUAGCCCCCAGUCCAUCCCAACUACAGGGCCAGAGGGUGUCCUCCAAAACUGGGAUGCCACGAUCCAGCUCAUCCAGCAUGACCAGUGCGGUAAACUAUCAGCAGAAAACACAGGAACGCAAGGAACUGGCUGAAGACGAACGAAGAGACAUGAGACGCAUGACAGCAGAACAGACUGGUAUGACACGACUAGGACCCGACAAGAGACAAAGACAACAGGCCAGCCAGCAGGUGGCAGCUUCACAGCGCUCCAGCUCUAGUGCCAUGUACAUGAACCUGGCCCACAUGCAGGCAGCAGCAGCAGUGGGGGCCAGUGGUGUGACAGGUGGUCUUGCUGGAGCUUCAGCAGUCAGCCCAUCCACCAUGUCUGGCUCAGCCAGUGGAGCAGUUAGCUCCAUGGCUGACCAGGCCAGCAGUCAGGCAGCUGCCAAGCUGGCUCUACGGAAGCAGCUGGAAAAAACCUUGCUGGAGAUCCCUCCACCCAAACCCCCAGCCCCACUGCUCCACUUCCUCCCCUCUGCAGCUAACAGUGAGUUUAUCUACAUGGUGGGCUUGGAGGAAGUGGUACAGAGUGUCCUGGACAGUCAGGGUAAAUUCAGGGGGUCUUUGGCCCGUAUGGAGCCUUUCUUCUGUGCCCAGUGCAGAACAGACUUCACACCCCACUGGAAGCAAGAGAAGAGUGGCAGAAUCCUCUGUGAGCAGUGCAUGACAUCCAAUCAGAAGAAGGCUCUGAAAGCAGAACAUACCAACAGACUGAAAAAUGCUUUUGUAAAGGCUCUUCAGCAGGAACAGGAGAUUGAACAAAGGCUACAGCAGCAGGCAGCUCUCUCUCCCAGCUCCGCUGCUACUGGCUCCAACGUCUCCAAGACUGACACGAUGAUCCGACAGCAUGCCCUGCGCCAGGCUCAGCAGCCUCAAGCUUCUCUGCAGCGAGGUUUGUCUAACUCUGCAAGAGGCGUCCUUUCCAACUUUGCUCAGGCUUCUCAGCUGUCUGUGGCCAGCAGCCUUAUGGGAAUGAGCAGUGCUAAGCACUGUGGUAGUGGCGGGAGUAGUAACAGACUGCAGCACGACAACCGCCGUCAAAUCUACAACAUCCCAGGGUUAAAUAUUGCCUACCUGAACCCUGCAGCUGUUGGAGCCCAUAAGACUUCCAGCUUAGCAGACCGGCAGAGAGAGUACCUGUUGGACAUGAUCCCACCUCGGUCCAUAUCGCAGUCCAUCACUGGGCAAAAAUGAGCCCCAUUAUUUCUCAUGUGUGUCAGAGGCCAGCCUCGUUUGAUAACUUCCCCCCACUCUGAGGCACUCCCAGAUCAGCUGAUAUGUCAACCCCACAGUUUCAUCGCAUGCAGUGCCUGUCCGUGUGCCUACCUUAGACCAACCCAUGAGAACCUACCAAGCUGAACAAAACACAAACUGUCAGUACAUCUCAGUUGUUCUUAUUAUAGCAGAAAUUCACUUCUGUAAUUCCCUUUAUAAUCACUGGUGGUAGCGCCUAUACUUGCAACUGCCAUUUAAGCUUAAGUUAGUGUUAUUCAUUAUGUUAUAAUUUGCUUUUGAAGUGUUUGUCUGAUAUUUCUAUUUCUCCACUGUUUACCAUUUACUUCAAGACGCCCAGUCAUUGUCAAUUUAGUGAGAUCAUUUGAAAAUAUUCUUUUUUUUCUCACUUCCAAAGCUAUUAUGACUAUUGAUGAGACUAGAAGAUCAGCAGGGUUCACUCUGGUUGCUAUGCAACAUAAAGUUACUCUAAAGUUUGUAAACAUGAUUUGUUUGCUAAGUAGUAUUUAAAGAAAGUGAAAAAUUCUAUUAGGAACAAAAACGGAUCAUAUUAGGCAGCAUUUGAUCUUGAAAGACUAUGCUGUUUUAAAUAAUUGAACAUUUGAGAGCAAAGUGCUUACCAUGGAUCAUCUCAAUGACCAGCUUCAAAGACAUCAUCAGUCAUCACAACGAUCCACUCCCAGAACUGAUUUCAGCCUGGGGUUCAGGGCAACACCUGGAUAUCUUGGAGAGGACCCCUAACCAACUUCAGUACCCACCAACUGAAAAAGAAAAUUAUGUACAAAAGAGAAUCUUGUGGAAAUUAAGUGUGGAAACCCUCUCCACCAUUCUUCAGUAAGGGGUUUCCUUUGUUUUAUUUAGGAUGCCAGUCUUCUGCUGAUCUGAUAUAGAUGUGUUGCUGACAAGUAUGUGUAGGACAUUCUGUUACUAGCACCAUCAGAUGAAGCAGGUGGUGGACUGAUGAACGAGAAGACAGAGGAGCAUGAACUUCACAUCGUUAGUCCUCACCUGCCAACAACCUCUCCAUGCAGCUGUCCUUCAUACUGUUACCUCUUCAUUAUUCACAUAGUGAACUCUUUUUAUCCCAGCAGUUCCUUUAGAGAGUGUACAAAACAUACAACUUCAGUCUACAUCCAGAUCACAGAUUCUGUAUCUAAAAUACCCAAAUCCGGGUUCUGGUUCCAGUCUGUGUUCUUACUUUUGUAAUUCCUGCAUCAUUUCUUUCCCAUUCUUUAUAUUUGUUUCUUUUUUGUGCAGCGUCUCCAAAUGAUUUGGUGGCCUACCUGAGAGGUGUCGGCCACUGGAGACGAUAAUAAUCUAAGACAUUAACUGUUGAAAAAUCUAUGGAUUGUGUAUAGAUACCUAGCUUCAGAGAAUAAAGGGUGUGGAUGUUUUAUGGGAGAGACAUGGAUCAAUCAAUGUGUGCACAUUGUGCUCACAAGUUGCCUCACUCAAGAGGAGCACUUUUCAUAUUUCCAAAUGGAAAUUUUGUUUGUUUUCUGGUAAAGAGGAAAUGAAUGUUGGAUUGAAAGUGCAUAUGCAUUGUUUAUUGCUGAUUAAAUGUUUAGACCCCUGAACACAUACCAUCCUAACUACAGUAUUCUGUCAAUCUUUGAAACACCAACUAGUUUAAAGUGUACCCAGUUUGACUUUUUACUGUAAUGUUUCAUUUUCAAUGCCAUGUUAACAAAUAUUAGUAUCAGAUUCUUUUCACUGAUGGAGCCUUCCUCUCACUUGUACCUUUCUUAUAAAGAAAGGUACAACCUUACUUUCCCUACACCUCAAAAAUUGUAUCCUGUACACUUUUUUCUGCUUUGACAGACAAUCUCGAUUCUUCUGUGAUAUACUCAGUGAGCAGGAUAUGGGCUCUGCUGGCAGUUUUGAUUUUCAUGUUCUUGGCAUUGUAAAAGUCUCCAGCAUGAAGGUGCAGUGCUUUGUGUUUUCUGUGAUAGAUGGUCUUGUUGUAAGGGACCCUUUAUGUGAAGGCCUUUGCACAGUUUCAUUGCGUUGAUGCCAGGUCCCAGUGGUUUCUGGACCUCUUGUCUGAUGAGGAAAACUUAUAUGAUAAGCUGCUUUGCCAGCUCAUAAGAGGAAAUUAAGUUUGCGAGAUUUCUCAUCUCUGGAGCUUUUUGCAUUCUUUUAUUUGUUCCUGAGUGAUGACCUGUACAAAUUUCGAUAAAGAUUUACUCUUUGCACAGUAAUUUUUUUUUUUUUCUUGAAAGUGUCCAUGUUGUUUUCUUCAUUCUGACUGUGGUUAUAUUUGCACACUUCUUUAUUUGCAGGGUCUUUAGCUUCAUUUUGAACGGGAGUUGGUGCAUGAUCCAUAUUCACAUUUUGUUCAAGCAGGACUUGAAGAACUCUCACAUAUGAUAAAAUGUUAGUUGCACAGGUCCUUGCAUCUACAUGGACUGAGACCAUAAACUGCAUGGCAGACUGCCCAGGCCACCUGACUGAAGCUGUCUUAACCAUUAUGCUUAGUUAGUUUGCAAUAACUCAGGUAUUUCAAACAGCGUUCACUCAGUAUUCAGUAUUAUUCAUGGAUAUGCAGGGACUUCUAAGGUGAUUUUGAGGGGAAGUCGAUUCAGUUCACACUGGGGUUGUCACAAUGCUAAAGUUUCAUACAGAUGUUAAGAAAUACUCAAUAUAGAGGCAACAUUUCUU